AUAAACAUAGGUCAUAGUGAUUAAUACCUGUCAUGUAUCUGUUUUAAUUGAACACUGUCUUAUAUAAACAUAGGUCAUAGUGAUUAUAUUAAUUGUUACUUUGUAAAUGUCUUUCUGUAAACCUAUUUGGUUGGAAAAAGCCGUUAAAGGUGUCCUUUUGGAUAUCACUGGUGUUUUAUACAACAGUGGUCAAGGUUCGGGUGAAGCUAUCCCUGGAUCAAUAAACGCUGUAAACAGGCUAAAGACGUCAGGUAUUCCUCUCAAAUUUUGUACAAACGAAACGCAAUGCACUCGUGAGAAGUUGGUUACAAAGUUGAACAGUCUUGGUUUUUGUUUAAAACUGGAUGAGAUAUACUCACCGGCACCGCUCGCUGUUCAUUAUAUUAAAGAAAAUAAUUUGAGUCCGUAUUUAUUGGUUCAUAACGAGGCUAUUGAUGACUAUUCAAGUGUAAUGCAAUCAAAUCCCAAUUGCGUAAUUGUUGGAGAUGCAGCUGAAGAAUUUACUUAUGAAAAUAUGAAUAAAGCAUUUCGAGUGUUGUUGGAAUCUGAAAAUCCAACUAUUGUUGCUCUUGGAACCGGAAGGUACUACAAGGAUGGUGGUGAACUGGUUCUUGAUAAUGGUCCAUUUAUUAAAGCAUUGGAGUAUGCCUGUCCAGUAACUACAGUGGUUCUUGGCAAACCUGCCAAGACUUAUUUUAUGGGUGCCAUUACGGAACUCGGCAUUGCUGUGGACAAUGUUGUGAUGAUUGGUGAUGAUUUGCUUGGGGAUGUGAAAGGAGCUCAAUCUUGUGGCAUUCGAGGAAUUCAAGUUAGAACUGGAAAAUACAGACCUCAAGAUGAAUGUCAUGAAACAAUUAAAGCUGAUGGUAGAGUGAAAGAUCUUGCAGAAGCUGUGGAUUUGAUUUUAAAAUAUUACUCUACAACUUAAGAGGGUUUUUGCGAUGAACUAAGAUGACGCCCCAUGACUUAGUUAUGGAAACCGAUUAACCCGAAUGAAAUAUUCAAAACAUCUGAUGUUUAGAGAAUCAUCAAAAUUCAUUGAAAAGAAAAAGUCGCCACGCCGGAUAUGAUAGACGAAAGAAGUACAGGUUGUAGCCUCUCGAAGUUAACAAAGUUAUUUUAUUACAUAAAAACUUCACUUACGAUUUAAACCGAUAUCGUGAAAAGUUAACAAGAUGUUUACUCCUUUUGAUUUGGUAUCAUCUUUACCGUCUUCACCCUGCAGUAAACGCGUUUUGUUGUAGUCAGCUUGAAAAGUGGAUUGCAAACUUGUAUGUGUCUACGUGUAUGAGUAGAGUGAAUCUCGAAAUUGUCAAAAUUAUGUUCAAAAAAACCUUGAACUUCGUUUUCUAUCAAAUUAGAAGCUAAAUAUCAUAUAUGUACCUCGAUUAUCACAGUAAAAUCUCCAACCUUUUCAAUCUGCAAAAUACAUCAUUUUCCUUCACAGAAAA